ACUACUCGGCCGUGCAACGUUUAAGAUGCCAAAUUGUUCCCAACACCGCAAUUGUCUCACAUAACAAAAACAACUACUGGAAAUUUUUGAACUUGACAGUAAAUAACGUUGCAAUAAAUGUACAUUAUAUAUAAUCAAAUAAUUACGUUUUUUAUUGUAUUAUGUAAAAACCAAAGACAAGUGUUAUUUACGCGAGCAACUGAAUAAUUUCAGAGUGGUUAAUAAGGUAAAGGAGUAACAAAAAAUCAAUCAAUUGCUACUUGUGUACAAAAUGGGAGCACGUAUAAUUGAACGCAGAGUGAAACGAAACUUCACUUAACUAAUGUUCAAGAGCUCUAUUAUUAUGUAGAAAAGGAAGAGACCUUCAAAUAUCAUACAAUCCGACAGUGAAAUUGACAACACAUAAAACCGCACAUACGAAAAGGGCAACUCGCAAAGCACAGACGCCCUUCCAAGUAACACAGAACACUCGUGGGAGUCAGGCACUUGAAAUUCGUUAUUUGUGAUUCGCAUUUACACAAUCACUUCUCGCCCGUCUACAUACCACCGCCACCUUGCUUCAAGCCAUCAACACAUCCACUCUCAAAAACAGCAAUACACAAACCCGACCGAUUGUGACAUCUGUUUCGUUGUCGUAGGUUGGCGAAUAAGUGAAACACUAAAACAAACAAAUAAGCAAUACCCUCAACGUAAUGAGAGGGAAAUUAACACACCAUAUUUGGUACUAUUCCCACUGAAAAGCCUCCACGUGCAUCAUUCAAACAGAGUAACCUAGAAUAUUGCCACAUAAAAAUAUAUACAAAAUUAGGCUAACUAAACUGAAACAACUUAGUUUCAAAACAUAAAUGUUAGUAAGACUUAACAACUACAUAAAUUGUGGAUUUUACUGUUUAUUCCUCGCUUCCUCAAAGACUUGGAGGUCAAAUUUAUGUUCAUCACUGCAGUAUAUUCCAAUUCUAGUUAAAUAUAUUGGAAAUCAUCCCGGUUCAAUUCUCGCUAAAGAUCAUAAACAGAAUGAGUGACAGUCGCCGCAAUACUGCAACAGAAUUCAGUUACAUCCUCCAAAGACAGGGAAGCGAUGUUUCGGGAGGUGAAACUCAUGCGUUUGAUGACAUCAAUAAUCUCAUGGAGGCAAAGCACCCAACCAUACGCCAACAGCGACCAAAUUCCGAUGCAGAAGGACAACAUAAUGAGUCGUCGACGACAUUAGGGGGAGACGCACUGUCCUCACUUCCUCAAGCGUCAUUCAACUAUAUAAAUUCCAUUGUCGGCAGCGGCGUCAUUGGCAUUCCAUAUGCACUGCAUCGCGCUGGCUUUGUGCUGGGUUUGAUUCUGCUGAUAUUGAUUGCUUACAUCACGGAUUACUCACUCAUUUUAAUGGUAAGAUGCGGGCAUAUAUGCGGAAGGUUUAGUUACCCAGGCAUUAUGGAAGCGGCUUACGCUAUGAUUUCCUACAAUGUUGUCGUGGGUGAUACUCUGUCUAAAGUGUUAGUACGGUUUUUUCCGUCUUGGGGUACGUCGAUGCGUGCUGUACGGCUGGGAGUUGUAUUCUUCGUUACAAUUGGCGUUGUAGUACCGUUAUGUCUAUACAAAAACGUUUCUCGAUUAGCCCGUGCCAGUUUUAUUAGUUUGGCGUGCGUGGUGUUCAUUUUGUUUGCCGUAAUUGUAAAGUUAUUGUCGGGUGAUUACACUGUCGCCGAUUCCGCAGAAUCUUGGAGAUUUGCCAACAUUGAUUUAAUUCCAGCAACGGGCAUUAUGGUUUUUGCAUUUAUGUGCCACCAUAAUACGUUUUUGGUUUAUCAGUCCAUGAGAAAUGCCACACUUGAGCGAUGGGAGAAAGUCACGCACAUUUCAAUUGGAUUUGCUUUAGCAGUAGCAGCUCUGUUCGGUAUUGCUGGAUAUUCUACAUUCCGUGCGCUAUCGCAAGGCGAUUUAUUGGAGAACUACUGUUGGAAUGAUGAUCUGAUGAAUUUUUCACGGGUGCUUUUCUCUAUUUCAAUUUUAUUGACUUUUCCAAUAGAGUGUUUUGUUUCUCGAGAGAUUGUACGCGCUUUUGUGCACCGCUUUGUAUUGAAGGAACCUAUUAGUGAGCUGACAUUAGACAAAGAUCCCAAUCUUGAGAAGGGUGCUGAUAUUGAUGAAUAUGGAAAAACCAUUACGUUGGCUAUAGUUUUCAGCGCUUUCAUCAUUUCCCCAUUAACUGAUUGUUUAGGAUCGGUACUGGAGUUAAAUGGACUUUUGGCAGCGAUUCCUUUGGCAUACAUUCUCCCUGGUCUAGCUUACAUACAAAUGGAAUCUCACUCUCUCUUCAGCCGCGAAAAACUACCGGCACUCGGUCUGGUCGUCUUUGGAACCAUUGUAACAAUAAUGGGUGUGGCCGUACUCCUACCUGGACUAAUGGGAGAUUGUCGUGCGGAUGUUGUCAUGGAUUACUGUAAGCAAGAAUUUACGGAGAAUGGAAAAACAAAUUCUUCCACUGGUCACAAAUAAAAUAGUUAAUCAGGCCGAGUACCAGUGAUCCACUUGUUAAAACAUACAUACAUAUUAGAAAUCGUUUUAAAUUACAAUUAAAACAGACGUAUGCACCUGUUAAAUAUGUGUUUACAGUUGAUUAGUAUGUACAUACACACACGCGCUACCAUAAUGCGAAUAUGUUGUCGAAGUUGACGUGCAUAAAAUAUUUUUUAGGGAAAAUAUUAAAUUUAAGAAAUCAAAUUUAAAAACAGUUUGUUCAAAAGUCCAAUCGAGAUACUAGCGAUUCAAAAUAUGGCGCAAAGAUAAAUAGAUCUUGCAAGUUCGCUAAUUGUGAUUUCUGUUUAAGUAGAUUCACAAAAAAAAAAAAACACUGUAAAGGUGUACAUAUAUAUGGCUAACAAUAUUUCACUGUCAAAUUCCCAUUUAUAGAUUUAAGAAAUUUUUCGGUAUUAUAAAUAUUUUUGUUGAAUAUGAUGCUCUAACUUAUACACAAUGUAGUUUAUAGUAUAUACAUAUAAUAUAUAAUUUUGUCUGUUACUCCAUAUUGUUACCAUUACUACUUUUAUAACCACAUAAUGAUAUUUCUUUAUUAUUUGGAAAUUUAAUUCCUAAAACUUGGCUAUGAUUAGCGAUUAAUGUGCUUUCAUUGGCAGAAUUAUAUACAUAUAUACAUACACACAUACAUGCAUGGCCACACCGCAAGCAUGUCCACGCGGAAUUAUCCUAAAUUGCUCAGAGCUUUGUGAAAAAAUUACAAAUUUGACACUUUAACACUCUCGGCAAGGAAACAAAUACAUCAACUACUGAUAACUUACAGAGUUUAACAGUUAAGGCCUAUUUACACUGACUACACAGAUAGUCUUACAGAGUUUGUACAUUUAUUGCAAGAUACCUGUUGAAGCUAUGAUCAUUUCAAAAUAAAACAGGAAGUGCAAAAGUAACUAUUUUAUCCAGAAAUUAACAUUAGUUUUGAUAUUAUAUACGAUAUAUACAUACAUACAUACAUACAUACAUACAAAAACUAACAUCGAGUACAUAUAGCACUUAUGGCAAUUGCAAACGAAUUCACGAAGAAAUCUUGUUACAUAUUUCUAGAUGAAUAAUAUUACACUAAAGUUGGCUAUUAGAGUCAAAAGCAGCUAAACUCUAAAUCAUUAAAUCUAGCAUUAAGAAUAUUUGUUUGCACAUACGUAUAUACAUACAUACAUACAUAUGUAUGUGCAUGGUAACGUAUGCAUUCUUGAAUAUAUACUUACACAUAGCGGAGGGUGGCAGCUUUCCGCUUUUACGGAGGCUUAUGUCGAAGUGAAAAUUAAAUAAUAAAUUUUGGAAUUCAUUUGCGUACUUUUUAAGUUGAGAUGAACGUUUCACAGUUAAAGUCUUUGGCGCUUAGAAGUACAAUAUCGUCACUUGAAAUGCAAAAUAACGUAUCAUCAAAAAACUCGAAAUUGAGUGUCUUAUUGAUUACGCUUCACUACUUCAAAUUACAUACAUAACAUAAGCAUUUUCAAGUUCUGCACUCCGAUAUAAACCAGCUUUAACCAAUAUUAAAAUUUUUUUUUCACUCAUGUUCCAUUUUAUUCCGUGUUUCAUUCAUGCCACUGUAAAUUUCCGAAAAUGUUGUUACGUUAUUUUGCAUUUCAGGUGAUUAUAUGUAUGGACUAUUGUACUUAUUUCUAAAAAAAAUGACAGCAUACUUUUUUAUACCCUGGGCAGGGUAUAUUAAGUUUGUCACGAAGUUU